AUGUUCCUCUCUAGCAAUCCAUUUUUCCUCCAAUUGAAGCAAAGAGAAGAACAACCAGGCAUGAGUUCAGACAGCCAAUCGGUUUCGAACAACCUGGAGAUCGUGCGGGAGGCUGAACUGGAAGGUGCCGACGAGGACGAAGACGAUCUGAGGCGUGUCCUGCCUUGGCACAAGCAGUUCACCUUGCGUGCCCUGUUCGCCAGCAUGGCGCUCGGCUCCAUAUUCAGCGUGAUCGCCAUGAAGCUCAAUCUCACGACCGGGAUCACGCCUAACCUCAAUGUCUCGGCCGCCCUUUUGGCCUUCAUCUUCAUGAGAACAUGGAGCAAAGCCAUGAAAAAACUCGGGUUUUUAUCGACUCCUUUCACCAAACAGGAGAACACCAUGAUCCAGACGUGCGUUGUCGCCUGUUACACCAUUGCUAUCGGAGGUGGGUUUGGAUCUUACCUGCUGGGGAUGAACAAGAAAACGUUCGAGCUUUCGGGUGGGCUCAGUGUGGUCGGGAAUUAUCCGGACAGUAUAAAGGAGCCCGGGAUCGGUUGGAUGACUGCUUUUCUAUUUUUAGUCUGUUUCAUCGGACUUUUCGUAUUGAUUCCUCUUCGGAAGAUUUUGAUUAUAGACUAUGACUUGACCUUUCCGAGUGGCAUGGCAACCGCAGUUCUUAUCAAUGGGUUUCACAGCAGAGAAGACAAAAUGGGCAAGAAGCAAGUUCGGAGCUUCCUCAAGUGCUUUUCUUUUAGCUUCUUGUGGGGUUUUUUCCAAUGGUUCUACACUGCGAAAGAGGAUUGCGGUUUCGCGCAGUUCCCGACUUUCGGACUCCAAGCUUGGAAGCACUCAUUUUUUUUCGACUUUAGCUUGACGUACGUUGGGACAGGGAUGAUUUGCUCCCACCUCGUGAACUUGUCGUUGCUUCUUGGGGCCGUGCUUUCAUACGGCAUUAUGUGGCCGUUGAUUCGAAACCUCAAAGGCGAAUGGUUCCCUGCAGACGUGUCCGAAAACAGCAUGAGGAGUCUCAAUGGCUACAAGGUGUUCAUCUCCAUUGCCCUUCUCCUAGGCGAUGGCCUCUACAAUUUUGUCAAGAUUCUCCGCAUCACCAUACUCAACAUCCAAAUGCGCUUCAAAAACCAAAAUCCGGACGUAGUUUUCAUCCGCGAGAGCAUUCCCCUAUGGGUCGGGCUACUCGGUUACGCCUCGCUGGCGCUCGUCUCGACCAUUUUCCUUCCGCUCGUCAUCCCGGAACUCAAAUGGUACUUCGUCCUCGUCUCCUACAUUUUCGCCCCGUCACUCGCGUUCUGCAAUGCCUACGGCGCGGGCCUAACCGACAUCAACAUGGCGUACAACUACGGGAAAGUUGGGCUCUUCACGGUCGCUGCCAUGUCGGGCCGCGAGCACGGCGUGAUAGCCGCUCUCGCGGCCUGCGGCCUCUUCAAGUCCAUCAUCAACGUCUCGUGCGUGUUGAUGCAGGACUUGAAGACCGGCCACCUCACGCUCACCUCUCCACGAGCCAUGCUCUUGAGCCAGUCGAUCGGGACCGCGCUUGGGUGCAUCGUGACCCCGCUAACGUUUUCCCUUUUCUACCGAGCGUUCGACGUGGGGAACCCGGACGGGGAGUUUAAGGCUCCAUACGCUAUAAUAUACCGUAAUCUUGCCAUAAUCGGAGUGCAGGGGUUUUCGGCGCUGCCUAGGCAUUGUCUGCAGUUGUGUUACGGGUUUUUCGGGUUAGCGAUCGUGGUGAAUUUGGUGAAGGAUUUGACGCCGAGGAGGGUCGGGAGGUGGAUGCCACUGCCGACGGCGAUGGCGGUGCCGUUUCUGAUCGGAGGGUAUUUCGCGAUCGACAUGUGUGUGGGGACGGCGGUGGUGUACGCGUGGCAUAGGAUGGAUGCCACGCGGGCGGAGCUGAUGGUGCCGGCGGUGGCGUCGGGAUUCAUAUGUGGCGAAGGGAUGUGGGCGUUGCCGGCGUCUGUGCUGGCGCUCGUUAAAGUCCGGCCGCCGAUUUGUAUGAAGUUUUUGCCCGGGUGA